AUGAUCAAGAAUCCCUCUACAUCAGCCGUGCUCCAGUCGAGGAAACUCGUCACCGCCGUCCAGAAAAUCCAGACCGACAAUCAAGCCUAUCCACCCAGACAACGAGCUAACAUGACCACCGAAGCCGCUAACCCCCAGUCCGGAGGUUCGUCCAUGCUGGCAUCCCAAAGAGAGUCGGAACAAACACAUCACAAGACUGAAGAGAAGCCCAAGGCCUUCCAAAGGAUGGCGCCUUACUUCCCCCUCGGCUAUAAGGAAGCCGUAUACCAGUGGUGGACAAGUGUAACGCCGACGGUCGCGGAAAGAAAUGUCAUCUCACACAUUCCAUACCUCAGAGAGGCUGUGGCCAACUCGACGGCACCGUUGGCAGAUAUUCCCUCGGCGGACCACCCUGGCUCUACAGAAACGUCGACCGACAUCGACCCAUAUGGCCCGCGAGUAUGGAAGUCACAGAUGGUCCAGCUAUCGGGCAAAAACCGCGGCCUCAAUGAGUUCUCAGUCGAACGAGUUGGCGAGACCGUCGAUGAUAACCUCGUCAUGCUGCACGGCUAUGGAGCUGGCCUGGGCUUUUACUACAAAAACUUCGAGAGCCUCACUCGGUCAAAAGGCUGGAAGCUUUAUGCACUGGAUAUGCUGGGAAUGGGCAACUCAACGCGGCCGCCCUUCAAGAUCCACGCCAAAGACCCAGCCGGAAAGAUUACCGAGGCCGAGAAUUGGUUCAUCGACGCGCUGGAGGAAUGGCGCAAGAUCCGCAAGUUGGAGAAGUUCACCCUCCUCGGUCACUCGUUGGGCGGCUAUCUCGCCGUUUCGUACGCUCUGAAAUACCCUGGCCAUCUCAACAAGCUGAUACUGGCAUCGCCGGUCGGUGUACCGGAAGACCCAUACGCGGUCAACGCCGACAUGCCCGAGCCGCGGGAGUCAACAUUCCAGGACGAGUUCACGCAAGAUCAGCAGGAAACCACCAAGACUCGGGAUAACAACAACUUCCUGAAUACAAAGAACAACGAACAGCAGGCUGGCACCACGAACGCCAAGAGGCGGCCCUACCCGGGCUGGCUCGUAUGGCUUUGGGACGCCAACGUCUCACCGUUCAGCAUUGUACGCAUGACUGGCCCGCUGGGCCCCAGAUUCGUCUCGGGCUGGACAUCCCGUCGGUUCAACCACUUACCGUCGGAGGAGAAGCAGACCCUCCACGAGUACGCCUAUAGUCUGUUCCGGCAGAGGGGCAGUGGCGAGUAUGUUCUCCCGUACCUGCUAGCACCAGGCGCUCAUGCCAGGCGGCCUGUCAUCAACCGUAUCCAGGACGUGGGCCGCCAAGUCAUCCAGCCAGCCACCGGGUCGACGCCAGCGGUCAAGGAAACCGGGUUCCCGAUCGUGUUCAUGUAUGGCGAAAACGACUGGAUGGAUGUCGCUGGAGGUCUGGCUGCCGAGGAGAAGCUCAAGCAAGCCAAGGUCAAGGCGCUCCUCCAGGGAACCGAGGAGGAGAAGAGGAAAGAGAGUGGCGCCGCCAAGGUCAUCGUUAUCAAGAAAGCCGGCCACCACCUUUACCUUGACAACCCAGAGGACUUCAACAGGGUCAUGAAGGAGGAGCUGGAUGAAACCAGAAAGCACACUCUUAAAGAGCGGGAGCAGUCGUCAUAA